GACACAGAGGGCAGCAGUCGACUCAGCACGCACAGGUGGAGAAUGAGAAUGGGUCAUGACCAGGAGGAGUUUGCACUGAGUGGACUCGCACGACCUUCAUUGUUUUAGAGUUCUGCGCUCUGGAUUAUGCUCUCCAUCCUCGUUUGUGACCGUCACCGAUUCUCCUGAGCUUGCAGAUUCAAUAUUGUUAAUUUCUCUCUUGGUCAUUGCAUUCUUUAUUGAAUGCAAACAUCGUCAUGUUUAUCAGAGCAACUUUUCUCCUCUACUUUGUGGUGACACUUUUAGAGUUUGCUCGUUGUAUGGACAGUGAACUUUGCUUCCCGAUUAGACUGGACAACCAUGACAGGAAACAUCUUGACAACGAAGUGGAUCCUCUCAAUGGAAACCGUAUACUCAAAAUAAAAGCUUUCGAGCAGGAAUUGGUGAUUGAUUUACAGCAGGACUCUAAUUUCAUCGCCCCCUCCAUCUCUGGUCAAGACACAUUCAGGAUCUCCAACACCGAUGCCACGGUUGACCUGAGCCGGUGUUUUUACUCCGGAUAUGUGAAUUCGGACCCAUAUUCCUAUGCUGCUUUGAGUCUCUGUAAGGGUGUACAGGGCGCAUUUGGCUUUCAAGAAUGGGAAUAUUUUAUCAGUCCGGUCCAAAAUGACACCACAAGCGCAGAGAGCGCGCACAUCAUUCGGCGCAGAACCAGCAACAACCUGAAGCUCAAUUCAACCUCUAGGUGCGCAGUGGUCAGCAACAUCAGUCUCCAGCUCGAACAGUCACUGGAGAAAUACAAGCGACUGAGAGAUUACAGCAAUGCGACAGAAACAUUGCUGAAGAGGAUGGGGAGAGCCAAAAGGUUUGCUUCUGUGCCAAGGUACGUGGAGACCCUCGUAGUGGCGGACGAGUCCAUGGCGCAAUUCCAUGGAGAUGACCUGAAACAUUACCUCCUAACGCUGAUGUCAGUGGCAGCGAGGCUGUACAAACACCCCAGUAUCGUCAACUCCAUCAGCAUCACAGUGGUUAAGAUCGUGAUUAUAACCGAGGAGGACAAAGGACUCAAGGUGUCCGGGAACGCAGCCAUGACGCUACGAAACUUCUGCACUUGGCAAAAGAAAAUGAACAAGAACAACGACAAGCAUCCGGACUACUGGGAUACGGCAAUCCUUUUCACCAGACAGGUAAAAAAAGAAAAAGAAAGAAAGAAAUCAAGGUCUUCAGGGUGUGUAAAGUUACUUGGACAACAUGGCAUUUGCAUGCGUAAUUACGCACAGAAAUGCAUGAGUUUACUGUUUUAUUCCAAUGCGCAACAUAAUCUCAAUAUGUUUUAAGGUACUGGCAAAAAUAUUUAACCUUAGGGAAACAUAAUAGCUUAGUUUGUGUAAGGUAAAUGUGUCUUCGAUGUGUGAUCGACUUUGUUUAUAGAAUAAUGUAGACUUAACAUGACAGAUUUCCCCGAAACCUCUCCUGCUGUGUUAAUUAUUUCACCCUCCAAACGCGCAGUCCACCUCUGAAGAACUACAUGAGUAGGCACUUGGUGAGCAUCCAGUCCACCAAUAACAUCACAGCUUGGACUCUGAGGCUGGGCCACUUAAGAAAUCAUUGAGCUGAACAGAGGGAGUCUUGAUUGCACUUCAUGGAUCCUUUGAGGGCAGUUUAUGGACUUGGAACCCACCUCUGAGUUCUCUCUGCACUCCCAAAUAUUUGGCAGAUGACACAAGGUCAGAGAUGAAGUCAUAGCUCACAAUCAUUGGUCAGAGUGUAACACGCUCAUGCAUGAAGUGAGUGCUUUAAAAAGCUGGGCCAUUUUGCAAUUAUUUUAACCUUGAAAACUUGGAAAAAAGUUUGGGAGAGUCUAGAGAGAGAAUUACUGUAGAGAGAUAAUGUUUGCUAUUGAUCAGCUCCCAGUCAAAAGAUCUACUGCAGCAACAACUACAGUCUCAAAACCUUCACCCUUCAAAAAUGAAAAGAAAAAAAUAUAUAAUAAGGGCCUUUGGUCAGUGUCACUUAAGUAACACCCACAAUCAUGCCAGAUCUCAAACAUGUGCUUGUUUUACUUGUAACUUUGCCAUAUUUAAGAAACCUCCAACCCUCAGGGAUGCAACAUUCGGAAGUGUCUUGUUUCUUUCAGCCCAUCCCAUCCCUUCACCAGUGGGUUUUCCAGCCCUACCCACCUCCUUUCCUGCUCCUCAUUAAACUAGCCCCUCAAGGAAGAAAAAGAGCGUGUGUGGGGGGGGAGUAAGGGUGGGGGGUGUCUUUGUGCAUGUCCAAGAAGUCAUUUUCCUCUGUUUCUCUGCCACACCUGCUUGCCCACAGUCCAGAGGGGUAGUUCUGCACAGCUGCAGUCAGCCUGCACUGCUGCAUCUUUACAACACAUUCUUUACUCAUAUAUAUUUUUUCUUCACUCCCUGUUUUGCUGUUGAAUGUCAGUGUACUGCUCAUCCUGUUUAGGCCAUGAAUGUCAAACGCAGGUAGUAUUCCUUAUUAAAGUAACUCAUUAAUUACGUAAGGGGUUUUUCUAGGUUUGUGGAUCAAACACUCAACAGGCAGAGUUGAUGUUGAAAACCAUAACAGACUUAGGUGACCCCAUUCAAUAGUACUAGACCUGCAGUCAGACAGUGAGUCAUGCAGUUUUAAACUGCUAAAUAAAGCAGGGAGACACACGUCACAGUUCUGUCACCACUAGACUUAACAUUAUUUUGGACUGAAUGAAGUAGCCUCGGUGCUUUGGUUGGAGAGCUGACAAACUGUAUAAACACUUUCUGUUCUUCAGAGGCAGGUCAUGUUAAACCAAAAAGAGAAGUUGUCUGUGACGUCUUCCCUCAAAGGGACAGUCACAGUCAAAGGAAAACAGUCAUUUAGAGACAAUAAAUGGGGAAUUUUUGCAUAUCGAUCUGCAGAGUAGCAUAAAAACAAUUACAAACAUGUACAUAUUGAAUCUCAUUUAUCAUUACAAACUUCUGUUGUGGUACAACAGAAGAGUACAACAUAUAAACAGUCUGUUGCAUUCAUGUCAAAUGGUAGUGGAUCAAGUCAGGGAAGGUUAGACAUUCAGACAGUGGUCUAUCUUGUGCUCAUUCUUGAUUUGGUGACUCAUAAUCAGUCUCCUCAGUCAGUGGUGCUGUUCAGGUUUACCUCAGCUUACAGUGGGCAUUCAAGACACGUCCAUUGUCUACUGUUUAUGGCCCACAGAGUAAUUUGUUGGUUUUAUAAAGACCAACUCAGUGUUGUCCACAGGCAACUGUGGCUCUCUUUAAACUUCUAGCCAGCAUGAUUUUUUGUGUAAAGAAUGUUUAUUUAGUUCAUUAAGUUGCACAGAAAGCUCAUUGUGAACAGCCAAUCUGUAAAAGACUAACUGUAAAUCUGAUGUAUUUAUAUUUCCCCUGGGACAGAGGGGAUGGUUUUACUUAAACUCACAGUAUAUUAGUCUUUCCUUAUAUAACAGGUAAUGGGUUGGGUAAGACAAAGUAGUGCCAAAUAUUUCCAGGCAUUUUAAACUGCACCACUGCUAUCAGAUCUCAUAUAACUUCUCAUAGUUUUAAUUGAAAACUUAUUAAGGGAAACUCCUAGCAACAUGACAGUUUGAAUGUUGCAGCUAAAACACAAACUGUCAUAACCUUGAUAAUAUUCACAUGCACUAAAGUGUGAACAUAAAAUGAGGUAGAAAUAUAAUUGGCUGAGAUAACUCCCACAUUGUUUUUAAAUUGCACAAACACAUAAAAAUGUUAAGAUAGAUGACAGAUGUGGGAAGUAGGUCAAACAAAGAAUAAACUCAUUGACACGGCUGUUUCGUCUCUCCUGUCUGUCCUAUGCUUUUUUAUUUUCUGCUCCUAAAUGGACCAAACUUUCAGAUGUCGUCUGCACAUGAGAACAUCUGGACUAGAUUUGCACUGGCCAACAAUUGUGGUUCUGCGGUUUAUUCUUGGAAUGAUUUGUCACAGCACUCGAGGUCUUCACUUGGCACAGAAAUUUUCAUAUACAUUCAGUGCAGCACGAGAUUUUGGGGCAGUGUGACGUUAAACUGGUGCUGUGCUUUAUCUUUUUUAGCUGGCUGCUUUUUUUCUUUAGUUCUGGGUAUGUACAGACAGAGCUGUUUAUGGGCUAGGCAGAUGGGCGGUUCUCUGUGGCGGUGACCACUGAUGUUGUCCUGUGAUUAGGAGGUUCAGUUCCAAAUGGAUACUCUCUAAGAUUAGGUUUUAAACCCUUGUGGUGGAGAAAUGGGUCAUCUGGAAACUCUGCUCUGGUUGGUUUUUGGAAAUGUUGUGAUGGGACAGUGGCCUUACAUCACAGAGGACCAUGUUCUUAACACUUGGGCUAACUUACAACUAGCUGAUUGGCAGUGGAAAUCCUUGUUAAGACUAAUGACUCUUUUCCUUAGUUAAUGUUAAAGUUAUGCCCAAUGUUUCUCUUCUUAUUAAUAGCAUUGUGGCUCUUGAGUCUUAAACCACAACAUAAAAGAGGUCAUACAUGGCAAGAAACAGGCACCAUUGCAUGAUCAGGCUGGUUUCAAACCAAUUUCACACAGUCUGCUAUGGAGCUCUGAGUUUAAAUUUGAUUUCAGAGUAAUUUCAAUCUUCCAGCUGGACAAUCCUCCUAAAAGAUCAACUUUCUAGGCCACUUUGUCAGGUAUUUAAGAAACGUUCUCAUUUCCAAAUCACAACAAAUAACUUUGUAAUCGGAGCACCAUUAUCACAGAGGUGUGUCUGAUUUAGUAACACCUGAAAGUUAAGUGCAGUCAUGUGUGUUGCAACAGGUCCAAGUCUACAAAAAUGCCCAUCAAAUUGCAACAAACAUAAAUUCUCUUGGUUUCCAAUUCAAUUUUUUUUUAAAAACAUAGGCUGUGUAAAAAAAAGGCAUACAGCACAACACCCUACCAAAAGUGACACCAAUAGUUCUUUCAAUUUAACAGAUGAUAAUAAUAAUGCAUUUUAUGUAUAGGCAUCUUUUAAAGCACUCAAGGUUGCCUUGCAAGAGAAGGUUAAAACAAGACAAACAAAUAAAUAGAUGCAACAUAGCCAAAAUUACAAAUUUAGAGGCAUGCCAAAAUAUUUUCACAAGCACACAAUAACCUUAAGGAUCUUCCACAUUAUUGGUUUGUUUUCAUUUGUGAAAAGGCCAUAACAGUAAUAAUGUGGCUACACUAGCAGUGUCUUUAUAUCUUUCAGCUAAAUACUAUAUCACCAGGGCAAUAUGUUAGUGUUUGUUGUGGCAGUGUUUUUAUUUGUUUUUUAACACAGAGAUAGAUGGAGGUAUAUUAUCCCUAUAUAGAUACAGUCAAUGUCUUUAACCUGUUCAGAUGUAUUAAUGCAAAAUGGCUUUUUUUUUUUUUGCUCAGGAUCUGUGUGGAGCCUCCACCUGUGACACUCUGGGCAUGGCAGAUGUUGGCACUAUGUGUGACCCUAAGAGAAGUUGCUCUGUGAUUGAAGAUGAUGGCCUCCCCUCAGCCUUCACCACUGCUCAUGAGCUUGGUGAGAUCACCUAACAUAACAUUGUUCAAACAUGUAGCACCUUCAUGCUUCCUAUGGUUUAAGUGUUUAUACCUAAUCAUCAACAGGAGCCGUUUGUAUUUGUAAAAUGAGUCUGACCUCUUGUUCCCUAUUCACAGGACACGUGUUCAACAUGCCCCACGACAACGUGAAGGCCUGUGAGGAUGUGUUUGGGAAACUCCAGGACAACCACAUGAUGUCUCCUACUCUGAUCCAGAUCAACCGCACCAGUCCCUGGUCUCCCUGUAGUGCUGCCAUCAUCACUGAAUUCCUGGACAGCGGGCAUGGUGAGUCUUCAUGACCUCUGACCCUUGAGUUUGACUGCAAACAGCCUCAAAGUGUGUUUGAGGAGGUGGGAAGGGUGAGUGCUGCUACAUAUGUGAAAAAUUGGUUGUUCAAAGGGUGUUGUGGUAAUGGAGGAGCUGUGUCUGAAAAACAGACUUAAAUGAUGUAGCUUUAAAGACAAGGGUUGUAAAAUUAAAAUAUCUGGGAUCAUUAAAAAAGGAACCAGACCUCAAUGGCUCCUUUUCCCAUCACUGUUAGGAGUCCCAUAGCUACUUCCAUAACACACUUUAAUCCCAAAGAAACUGUACCAGGAUUGCACUGAGCUGUUUAGGUGCCAGAACUCCAUCAUUGUUUUCUUCUGUUAAACUUUCCACAAAAUACCAAGAGACGUCUUUUAUGCAGUCGUUGUAGAGGAGCUUGUCCUUUGACUUUUUCUUGGUUUUGACUUAAUUUUCCUGUGCUGUCAGCCUCAUGGGUUUUCAAUAUGACUUCACUCAUUUGACACAAACAUAAGUAAAAGCCUGAUUUAAUUUCAGUAUCCAUCUGUAAUUCAAAUGUGGCAUCUGCCAAACCUUCUUUAGUAUGGUGGUCAUAGAGAGGACUUAGAAAUGCCAAAAAGAGAUGUAUUUGGUUAGAUGCAGUUUGUUUGCCAAGCAGGCCAGACCACAAGACUUGGCCUUGGAGCAAUGCUAAACGUUUGUUUUAAAAUUGCCUCCACAUCUGCCCUAAAUUAGAGGGCUUGUUCUGGGGAGAGUCACCACAGCGGUUUGGACAGCAAGGUGUAUCUGCCCAGUAAUUCCCAUGCAGGUUUGCUCCAAAUAGACAAAGUCCUUUGCUACUUUCUCAGUUCAUUUUAAAGACGGUUUUAAACAAAGGAACGUGAAGUGGAGACAAAUAGGAACAAUUCUGUCUUGUCAAGGAAUGAUUUCUUACAAUGUUGUAACUUGGUUUCUCCAGGCUGCCUGUCGUAAAUCUUUACUUCAAAAAGCAGAGGGAAGAAAAAAACAUGUUGCCACAUGUUUGAGGCAUUUUUCAUGAAGGGCCCCUUCCAAAAUCAUUUGUAACCUGUUCUUUUCUCCACAAACAUGAUCCCAGCUAUUGUUUUUAUAAUUGCUCUUUGGAGAAAGAAGUGAAAGGAGAAGGGGGAGGCCAGCUGUUUAAGUUCUGGGUGACUUGUUUACAUACAAUUGUACUAUCAUUUAAUCAGAGCCUUUCUUCUGCCAAAUUUUUGGUGAAACGUGAGGAAACUGAUUAACUAACGCUUACAGCCCAUUCACUGCCUGCCCUAUUAUUUGCAGUGAAGUCACUGCCACAAAUGGCAUAUUAAACAAAUUAAGGGAAACCCUUUUUUCCCAGUUCACAUGACUUGUUUUGGAUGUGUAAAUUCCACAUAAGGGCGAGAAGCUGUGUGUAUUUUUGAGUGAUAAAAACCUCCUCCUGGAAACCGCAUCCAACAACAUUGAUCUUCCAAGCACUCGUCAAACUCCUCCUCUUGUUAGUCUGUUCCCAGAAAGGUUUCUGUGCACCGUUUACCAUAGAUGUGGUCCCUGCCUUUGACCUUUGAACUGCAAGCUCGCAACAGGUCAAAAGUUGAGAGUGACGUUUUUAAACUUGAAGCUAAAAGUUGAAGAUUAAUCUGUGGAACUCUGUCUUUGCAAAUCAUGCAAAAAGAGUGGAAUUAAACAAAAACCUGUGGGUUUUGGGGGAAGUUUGAGGAGAGGAUGAUGUGGGUGGCUGUGUGUGGGGGCUUUUGUUAUUGGCUCUGCUUAUGUUUGCAUGGACAAAUCUGUGUGUAGUAUAAAGCAUGCACUGCAUCAAGUUGUGGUUUCCUUCAAAGAGCCAAAAUCACAAGGGUAAUGGCUGCAAACUACCCCAAACCCACACUACCACCCACCCAAAAAAACAGACACACAUUUAAAGAGAUGCUUAGAAGAAACAUUGGGAUAAAACCAUAGAAAAUACAUAUUUGUUUAUUAUUCAGUCAUGAUUUUUGUUGAAACAUUUGAGUGUUCACCAUUAACCGCAGUUUUUAAGUGCUUAUAUCUGGUUUAAAAAAAAGCCUUAAAACCAGAGGAUGUGGUAAUUCCACAAUAAAUUGUUUUUUCCUUCUUCUAGGGGAAUGUUUGCUGGACCAGCCACAGAAACCUUUGAUUCUCCCUGAUGUCCUGCCAGGCGCUUCCUACAGUGUUGACCGCCAGUGUGAACUUGCAUUCGGUGAAGGCUCCAAACCUUGUCCAUUUAUGCAGCCACCAUGUGGCCGCCUGUGGUGUACAGGGAAAUCCAACGGCCACUUGGUGUGCAUGACUCGCCAUUUCCCUUGGGCUGAUGGCACCCAAUGUGGUGAUGGCCAGGUCUGCGACCGGGGGAUAUGUUCUGAUAAACAGGUCCAAAGUGUGAAGGUGAGAACUGAGGUUUUAGGAUCAACAAAAGGAAAGUUCAAGUGGUUAUGUAUAUGUGUGUAUAUAGAUAUAUUCAAAUAAACCAUUUCUAUGAAUAUUUUCAGGUGGACGGUCGUUGGGGUAAAUGGGGCCCAUUUGGUUCCUGCUCGCGCACAUGUGGAGGUGGUGUCCAACUUUCUAAAAGAGAAUGUAACAACCCAAUUCCGUCAAAUGGAGGAAAAUACUGCCAAGGGGUUCGGGUCAAAUACCGCUCCUGCAACCUGAACCACUGCCCUGACACAGGUACGGGUCAUUCAAAAUAGACAGCUAUGUCCAAUGACAUUUUCCCCCCUGGGGCGUUCCCACCUCUCACCUCCUGUACUCUCCCUCCCUAUUUCUCCCCCUGUUCAGGUAAGACUUACCGUGAGGAGCAGUGUGAGAGCAGCGGACGCAGUUUCAACACUAACAGAAUUGCCCACUCGGUGGUUUGGGUACCCAAGUACUCCGGAGUGUCCACCAGUGACAGGUGUAAACUCAUGUGCAGGGCUAAUGGCACCGGCUACUUCUAUGUCCUCUCACCCAAGGUAAAUAGCAACACCUCGGGUGUUUCCUGAAAAUUUUUAAAGACUACCUAAGUGGUUGUCAGACAAAAGCCAGGACGAAUCAAGAUUCUGUUUUGAGAUAUGAGGUCAAAAUUACAAGUUAUUUGUGAGAAUGUGAAUCUAUGUCAGCCAGCUGCCUUGGGACGAAGUGCGAAGUGUGUGGGAAGGAAUGAAGGAGAGGCAGAGAACGGUUUAGCUCAUUCAGAUAACAGGGUGUGGAGUGAGAUUUAGCAGCAGAGAAACUGAAUCCACACUUCACUCCAUCAUUGCAGCUUAGGAGGAGUAGAUAAGAGUUCUCAGAGGACACAGAGCUCUGAAUCACUUAGCAGCUGGGUGUUUAAACCACAGAGUCGUGACUUUUAACCAGAAAUGAUUCCAUAAAUCUGUCUUUGUGAGGUGAGGUUAAAAUUUUGAGCUGGCACUUGGUUUAUUUGGUGUGAGUGUUUAAACGUGACACAUCUCAACCCAACCAGCCAAGGCAGAUGAAUGUCUUUAUUUUGGUCACAAUGGACUUAGGUUGGUCUCUGUGAAUAUUUUCACAAGAAUAAUGGUCAUAAUGGAUGUAAAGAAUGACGUCUCUGUCAAGUGUAUUAAAACCAAAUGAAGUGACCUUAUAUAUUAUAUACCUUAUAUGUAUUUGAAUACCAGCAGGUGAAGCUGGUGGUGAUGAAAGCUGCAAUUAAGAUCAUACUGUAUCUUCAAUCAACCUGGUUUUUACCAUUGAACCACCAAAAAAAUGACUUCGCUUGCUUGCCUCUUAAUUUAGAAAAAGAGGUUGUUCUGUAUCGAGAAAAGUUUCCAGUUUUCUGUAGAAAAGACAACAUAGUUAUAGGGCUGUCAAAGAGAAUGUAAUAUAUGUAGGUGAAGCAGUUCAACAAUAAGAAAUGGCUGUAGGAAGAUUUACAGGAACUGCUUUUCAACUGCAAAUCAUGCUGAAUGUUCUUUGUGCCUCUUGCUACUGAAGAUUUAUGUUGAAUGUAUGGUUUGACCAGAUUGUGGAGCCAAUUUUGUUACGUGUGUUCGGAUCUACAGGUUGUGGAUGGGACUCCAUGUUCCCCAGACUCCACGGGAGUGUGUGUCCAAGGGAAGUGCAUCAAGGCUGGCUGUGAUGGAAAAAUUGGCUCUAACAAGAAGUUUGAUAAGUGUGGAAUCUGCGGCGGUGAUAACAAAGGCUGCAAGAAGGUGUCAGGACUCUUCACAAAGCCUGAGUGAGUAAAUCCACAUCAGGAUGGGCUAGACCUUGAAAAAUAUUACUUGCUAUUUUUCUCCCCAACUUUCUAAAUGGGAUAAAAUAAUUGGCUGCACUCCACUACUAGCACAAGCUUUUAUUCACGGUAAUAUGUCUUGACUUUCAGGCACGGCUACAACUUUGUGGUCAUGUUGCCAGUCGGGGCAGCCAACAUAGACAUCCGUCAGCGCGGCUACAAGGGAAUGAUGAGUGAUGACAACUACUUGGCGGUAAAGAACAGCGAAGGCCAUUACCUGCUUAACGGGAACUACAUCGUGUCAGCAGGAGAGAGAGAUGUCAUUGUAAAGAACAGCCUGCUACGCUACAGUGGUACAGCCGGCCUCUCAGAAACCAUCCAGGCCGUGAAGCCCUUGGGAGAAGUCCUGACUGUAGAGGUGCUAUGUGCAGGUCAGAUGACACCUCCUCGCAUCCGCUACUCCUUCUACCUCCCCCGUCAAACCAAAGAAGACAAAACUCUGAAGAAGGAUGGGCGUGUAAACUCCCAUAACAGUGUACUUGCUGAGGAUGGUGUCAAAGAGAGGGAUAAUGACAUCUUGAAGGGGUCUUACAGCAAAGUGAAUCCCAUUCUAGGCAAAUGGAUAUCUUCAAAUUGGGACAGGUGUUCGGUGACCUGUGGCACUGGGAUGCAAAGGAGGUUGGUGCAGUGUCUGACACUGGAUGGAAAGCCAGGGUUGGACUGUGAGCCCUCUCAAAGACCCCCUGCCACCAGGGUUUGUGGAGACCCAUGUCCUGAGUGGCAUAUUGGACAGUGGUCACCUUGUUCCCGCAGCUGUGGGAAGGGCUUCAAGAGAAGGCCAUUAAACUGCAAAACCCAGCAUGGGCAUCUUCUUCCAAGGGACCACUGCACUGGCUUACGUAAGCCACAGGAGCUGGACUUCUGUAACCUAAGCCCUUGUUAGUAACUUAAACCUACAGACUAAAACCCUUGUUUUAUUUUCGAUGGACAGAAUUGAAUGCACCUGAAAAUAUCAGUCAAACACAAGACUGUGUUUGCCAGGUCCAGGUUUUCCACCUGCAUCAUGGGAAAACUCCUGAGAUGAGUAUCUGAAGCAGAGUGACAGCUGGAGGAUAAAUGCUGGAGGAUAUUUUUCACCACCAUCAUCACUCUGAUUUCAUAAGAUGCUGUCAACAUAAAAAAAAAUCAGAGUCAAAUCACAUUUUUCCAGAUUCUUUCAGCCAGCAGAUACAGAAUCACCAUUUGUGAGCAAUUAAUUUCGUUUACUCCCAAAAUCUGGAACCCAUUUCACGUCUCAAUAUUUAAAUUGCAGGUUUGAAAGUUUUGGUUCUGGCUCGCAAAAGACUCCCUAUGUCCUUCUUCUGGUAGCAACAAACCAGCACUGAUACAGAGAACAGAAGGACAGAACAUUCAUGGCUCAACACAAUGUGCUUUUUGUUUAUUUUAUUGGUGAUUUUUCCAGAGAUGUGAGAAUAUGAUCAUUUCCCUUUAAAUGUCACCUCUGGAUGCAGCAUUGCUUCCAGGUUUGAGCGCAAAAAAAAAAAAAAAAAAGACAUCACUGGUAGAAAACCUCAGAUUCCUGGCAUUUUGCAGUCUGUGGUUGCUCUUCAAACACUUUCAUAACAAUGGUGUUUUGCCAAAACCCAGUACUGUAUCUAAGGCUGUGCUGGAGACCGAUACUGAUAAUAGCUUUAGUGUCAGAGCAGCUCCGGGGUUUUUAGGCAACCUUUCAAAAGUAAAACUGAGUCAGAAAUUAAAAACUCAGAUUAUUUAUUUAAACUGCAGGUGAUUUUCGACCCAAAAUGAUUCUAUAAAAGCAUUUUUAAAUGAAAGUCAGCAGAGCAGAUUUUUAGAAUGUACAAUUUUAUCUCUUUUUGGCCCAUAAAACUUUCAAAGAGUAAGACUGUUUUAGGCACCAGUCAUGGAAACAGUUAAAAGUAGAUCUGGAGUCACACUGGUCUCCUUCAGGACAGAUAUGAGUCAACGAAGAACAACAGGAAACAAUGGCCAGUGAGUUUUCUCCGUGUCGGCCUGCUCCAUGACUCCAUUAGGCUACACCAAACAUCGCACAGCUCAUCAUAUAGGCUCACACAUGUAGACACCCAAGUGUUCAUUUCCUGCCUCAUGUGCUCAUCAUGUCUGAUUGCAUCCCUCACUUCUUUUAUUAUCUGACCACAACAAUGGUUCUCUCAGUUCAUAAUUCUCAUGCCUGUCUGGCACAGUUAUAGCAGAUAAUUUAUUACAAAUGAAACAGUGAAGUUGAGAGGGGAGGGACAUCUGGCAGGUAUUCCGUUACGUUGUACAGACAAGUGUUUUCCUGGACCUCCUUGUUCAUGGCCUGGCAGACUGAGCCAAGCUGUUCUUUCUACUCACUUGGUGAAAUUCUGUAAUCCAUUAUAUACUUGUUUUUCUUAAAGGGGCUACAUUGUCCAUUCAAACCUCCAACUAAAGGACUGAUCCUGUGUUAGUUUGAUUAUUACUUUCUCUUUUACUUUUUUUUUUUUUUUUACUUUAUCAACUUUUGCACUUUGUACAGCAAAAGAAACUUAUGACCUGCGUGGGCUGUAUUGUAUGCUAUGUAUACAUUUAUUCAGCUCUGUGCAAAAAUACUGUAAAUACUUUUUAAAUCAUUUUUUUACACAGGCAUUUGUAGGCCUAAUUGUCUUUGACUUAGAUAUAUUUAUUCAAAAAUAAAGCCAUCAGUGAAAAAUAA